CUCGACAACCCGCUCACUGUUCAUCCGCGGGUCAACCGCCCGUUAGCAGCGAACCACCAGAUUUCGAAGAGACUUGUGCACCUAUGGCCGUGCUAGGUCAGUUGCAGUACUCCAAGCAGCACGAUUGACCGAGAUCGUCGGCGCCAUGGCCGCGGAAGACUCCGCCCAAGCCGACCGAGAUGCCACCUUAGCACGACUCCAAGAAGUAGAGACAGAGCUUGAUCUCUUCAAACUGUCUACUGACCUGGAUGAUGCCCUGUUGGAUGCCAGUCUGGAUGAGUAUCAACAAUACCUUGACCAACUGGACGCCGCACGAAGCCAGCUAGACACCCUACUUGCCGACACCGCUGCGACAUUGGAUGAGCUGUCCGACAUCUCGGCAUCCUUCAAAGCCAUCGAUGCGCAGACAAAGGCCUUCCAGAGACAGUCAGCACAUAUACUUGAGGAGCAGCGCCGUGACGACGCCAUUGCGCAAGAUAUUGCCGAGAAUCUGCGCUACUAUGAACCGCUGGAAUGGAUUACCCGACGUCUCAACUCCCCUGGUGCUGGGACGUUUGUCAGGAGCAAGGAUUUCUCGGAUAUGCUCAUCACGCUGGACGAGUGUAUUGACUACAUGCAAACGCAUCCGAACCAUAAAGAGGCCGAGACCUACCGGUCACGAUACAGGCUACUGCUUACACGGGCUCUGACGCUGGUGCGGAACACCUUCAUGGCCGAAGUGAGGGAAGUGACGAGCGAGGUGGCCGGCAGGAUUGCAGCCAAGCAGCUUAACGACACCACCAUGUCGGCUUUACUGUAUGCGAAAUUUCGGGUUGGUGCAGCUGAAAUGAAGGAAUUGGGCUUGGAGAUCCAGAAACGCGCAAACCCUCCGGCAGAUGCGGACCCAGACACGGAAGGCGAGUACCAGAGUUUGAUGACCGAAUUGCACACGACUUUCGCAUCAUGUCGAGCAAGGCUCAUCCUACCGAUUGUGCGGAAGCGCCUGGCCGAAAUCAGCCAGGCACCUAGUUCCAAGGACCUUGUGCAGUUUGCGCGCACUAGCAUCAGCUAUGUUCGAGGGGUCUGUCUUGACGAGUUUGAGCUCUGGUCGGAAUGGUUCCACGGCUACAGGGGGCUUUAUGAUUUCCUGGAGUCGGUAUGCGAGCCACUUUAUGACCAUUUACGGCCCCGGAUUAUCCACGAAAACAAGUUGUCCAAACUUUGUUCGCUAGUGACGCUGCUGCAGACCAGGUAUCUCCAUGACGAGGAGGACGACGGGCCAGCAGACUUGAACCAGCUAGACUUUUCCGCCCUUAUCCAGCCGGCAUUGGAAGAUGCGCAAACGAGACUGGUCUUUCGUGCCCAGGCCAUCUUGCGUGAAGAGAUUGAACUUUUCAAGCCCAAACCCGAAGAUCUGGACUAUCCCAGGCUCAUUUCCAGACCCCCAACCUCGGCUACGCAGUUGUCUGGCCGCCGGAAGAACAGUGAACCACUAACACCACUUCCCAAGACACCGGAGAUUGUGGAUGAAGACUCGGGAGAAGAAGGAUCCUUUUCAUGGACGAUGGCCUCCCGCCGCAUCGCGCUACAGAACUGCUACCCGACACUGUCGAAAGCGGUACGCCUCUUGUCCAGGAUUUAUAGGCUGGUCAAUUCAUCCGUCUUCGAUGAUCUGGCGCACCAGAUUGUUCACCAGACCACAGUAUCUCUGGUUCACGCAUCGACGCAAAUCUGCUCUCGAUCCUCCCAGGCCGAUGGCCAGCUGUUUCUCUUGCGACAUCUGCUCUUGCUGAAGUCUCAGAUUGUCGCGUUUGACAUUGAAUAUGUCACGCCCGACGUGUCCUUUGACUUUUCCGGUGUGGCAAGCACCUUCUACGAGAUCCGCGAGCGGGGCGGAUUAUUCAAUCCUCGAAGCUGGAUGAAGCUCUUCAGCACAGGCGGCCUCCUUCCCCGAGUGGUCGAGAACAUGCUGGACGCCAAAGUCGAGUUGGACGGGCGCCUGCGGACCGUGAUCAACGACUUCACGGCCGGCUUCGCUGCGGCCAUGACCAAGAAUCUACCCAAGGACGUGGACAAGGCCAAGAAUUCGAAGAACAGUGCUGCCCUUGGCGACGCCGUCUCCGCGACCCGCAAGCAUAUUGAGAAGGAGGUGCCUAUCCUUCGAGCCAAGCUGGAGCAGUACCUCGACGACAUGCGGACUCGCGAAACGCUCGUGGCCGCGGUGGAAGAUCAAGUCCUGCAAAUCUAUGAGACCUUCUUUGACAGUUACACGAGUCGAUCGGCUCCAGGCGCCAAUGGCAAGGUCAACGGAGCCAGCCAGAUCUCGCGCAAGGGCAAGAGUCCCGAAGAUGCCGUUUGGGACAGUGACACGUUUGCCGAGUGGGCGGAAUCCGUGUUCAAUGUUGCAUUGCCCAAUGCGGAAGAGGAGGACGAUGAUGAUGAUGAUGCGAGUCGGCCUGCUUCCCGGAGUUUGUCCAGGAGUCGUAGUUCAUAAGGAGUUUUGAAUGCCAGUGGGUGGUCGAUUGAUUAGAUAGAAAUAGCAUCAGACCGGCAAAAUCUGGCCUGAAAGACGAGCUGAAAACGUUUCAAUCGACAGCAGCAGGCUGAGGCUGCCCUCGUAGAUUGACCUUUCCACGUCCCACGCCGCCCUGAAGCUUUUGCGCCCUUUCGAUCCACGUCUUGGCGGCCUCCCCUACGCCGCCGGACAUGGCACAUUCGCGCUCCAACAAGGCACUGAUUUUGCUCCGUAGAGCAUUGGCAUUAGAAUUACUGGUUUCUGAUGACGAAGACGGGGUUGGUGUUGUGGCGGCGGCCGCUCUUCGUCUGUUGCCCACAAUGCCGAUGUUUCUGGUACUUGGGAUUCUCAUCAAAGUCAACUCGACUUGAAAGCCAACCUCCUCAGCCAACGCGACAGUCUUCCGUGUCAGACACGCAUACAUUGACUUGUCAUCUGUAUGAUUUGCGGCUUUGACUUUGGCGGCUCUUAAGGCUUUUAGAUCGCCUGUUUCGGGUUGGGGCUCAGCGUCACCAUCGUUCGGUAAUUGCGUUGAUGGUCCCGGUCUGAUUUCGCUAGGCCAAUACCGAUGUUUCGCCCCACUAAAAGCAUGCGAGCAGCACGGAAUAGACAAGAAAGGAAGCGGGUUUUGAGGGUCUGACAGGGCCGCCAGGAGGGGUGUCCAGGGCGUGAGUUCGUCGGCAUGAUUAGAG